AUGAAAGUCAAAGGAAUUAUAUCAGUUUUGUUGGUUUUAAUUUCUUCCCUGCUAUAUGCUGAUAUUGUCUCUUACAUUGCCGCACAGCAGUCGUAUUUGGAAAAUUGGUUUAUAAAUGCAAAUAUAAUAGUGUUGAGAAAUCAAAGUUUGAUUAAAUGUUCGUUACAGUGCGGUGUUAUGGAUGAAUGCGUGUCUAUUUCCUACCACAAAGGAUCAAAGGAGUGUAAAGGGGUUACCAUUGGCUACAUAGUCCAUCCUACCUCACUAGGAUAUAUCAGUGUUGGAUUGAGUUAUUAUCUUGUGCUUGAUGAAAGAUGCCCGCAUAUUACUGGUUACGUUUUUAAUAAAGCAUUCAACAGUUGCUAUAAAGUCCAUUUAUAUGACAAUACCUUGAGGUACGAUAAUUACAGCCAAAUAUGUGAAUCAGAAGGUGGAGAACUCAUGAAAAUUUAUUCAGAUGAAAAACAACAACACAUUGUCACAUUUCUAGACCAGUUUGAUAUUUCCCAUUGGAUAUACUUCCAGGGAACCCAUCUCCUGUCAGAGCCAACAUGGCGAUAUGAUGAUGGUUCUGUUAUAUCAUAUUUCAACUGGUAUUCAUCACAACCAGAUUCAACAACCUCAGAUACAUCAGAAUUUUUGUGCAUGAGUAAGUCAGACCAAUAUCAAUGGCAUGACUGUUGGAAAUCAAUGAAAGGCGCAUUUAUAUGUGAAAUACAAAUAAUGUAAA